GUCUUGCAGUCAGUCAGUGGAUGUGAGAGGAGCAGAUUAGUUGCGCUUUUAUUGCGGAGCAGCUGCAACGGAAGAAAAUAGGCACCGGAGAGACACCGCUAACUGACCGUUUUCUCUUUCUUACCGGGUGAUGUAAAGAUAAACGGUGGAUGGAAUAUCGAACGUGGAUAGAGGGAGACCGCUGAAACUACUGGCUGAUUCUCUAACUUGUUGAUGCUCCGUUAUUUACCAGGGCUUUGCUUGGAGGAUUGUCCCUGCUUGUUGGCGUACAGUGAAGCGCGUGGAACAGAAGUAGGCUAUUUAAAAAAUAUAUUUUACCUUUAUUUAACUAGGCAAGUCAGUUAAGAACAAAUUCUUAUUUUCAAUGACGGCCUAGGAACAGUGGGUUAACUGCCUGUCCGGGGGCAGAACGAAAGAUUUGUACCUUGUCAGCUCGGGGAUUUGAACUUGCAACCUUCUGGUUACUACCGCUACUCGUAUGGAGACUAUGAAUUGUGAAGAACAAGUUAUGAUGUCCAUUCACCUAUCCAUGUCCAAGCCAUAGCACUGUGAUUGCCGAAGCAGCAGGUUCGUUCAAAACACACCGGCUCGUUCCAACCGGUCAGCAUGGCUGCAGGAGUGGCGGCAUGGCUCCCCUUCGCCCGAGCGGCGGCUAUAGGAUGGAUGCCGGUUGCUACCGGUCCUAUGCCCAUUCCUCCCCGGGAAAAUAAGAAAUCCCAAGACCAGGGACUUAUCAUCCUCAACGUCAGCGGUCAGAAGUUCCAGACGUGGAGUAACACUUUGGAACGCUAUCCGGACACUUUACUGGGGAGCACCGAAAGGGAUUUCUUUUUCCACGAGGAAACAAAAGAGUACUUUUUUGACCGUGACCCUGAUAUUUUUAGACACAUUCUGAAUUUCUAUCGCACGGGAAAACUGCACUACCCACGCCAAGAGUGUAUUGCAGCUUACGAUGAAGAGUUGUCGUUUUUUGGGAUCAUACCUGAGAUUAUUGGCGACUGUUGCUAUGAGGAGUACAAGGACCGGCGGCGCGAGAACCAGGAGAGGCAGCAAGAUGACGAGGACGAUGAGAAAGAAGAUAUAGCUCCGCUAAACAUGACCUUCCGGGAGUACAUGUGGCGGGCUUUUGAGAACCCCCACACGAGCACCACGGCCCUGGUCCUCUACUAUGUCACCGGGUUUUUCAUAGCCAUCUCAGUCAUGGCCAACGUGGUGGAGACGGUGCCGUGUGGAACCCUCCCCAACCGCGCCAAGGAGAUCUCAUGCGGGGACCGUUACGCAGUGGCCUUCUUCUGCCUGGACACGGCCUGCGUCAUGAUCUUUACCAUCGAGUACCUCUUACGGUUAAUCGCAGCCCCCAGCCGGUACAACUUUAUGAAGAGUGUGAUGAGCAUCAUCGACGUGGUUGCCAUCAUGCCUUACUACAUCGGCUUGGUCAUGACGGACAAUGACCAAGUGAGCGGGGCUUUCGUCACCCUCAGGGUCUUCCGGGUUUUCAGGAUUUUCAAAUUCUCCCGCCACUCUGCGGGGCUGCGUAUCCUGGGCUACACACUGAAGAGCUGCGCCUCGGAGCUGGGCUUCCUCCUCUUCUCCCUCACCAUGGCCAUCAUUAUCUUCGCCACUGUGAUGUUCUACGCAGAGAAGGGCUCCGCUUCCACCAAGUUCACCAGCAUUCCCGCUGCUUUCUGGUACACCAUUGUCACCAUGACAACGCUGGGAUACGGUGACAUGGUACCCAAGACCAUCGUGGGGAAGGUGUUUGGUUCCAUCUGUUCUCUGAGCGGGGUGCUGGUCAUCGCCCUGCCUGUUCCCGUCAUCGUGUCCAACUUCAGCCGCAUUUACCACCAGAGCCAGCGGGCAGAAAAACGACGAGCUCAAAAGAAAGCCCGGAUCGUUAAAAACCGUGCAUCGAAGAGCCGGGGCGCUAACUCGUACAUGCACUACAAACGCCACAACGGUCAUUUCCUGAUCCACAACUCUCUCAAAGAAGCGUCCAAGGAAGCAGGACAGCUCCUAGUGGGAAAACCCAACAUUCCCUUUGAGAGCCAUCAUCACCACCUUCUGCACUGCCUGGAGAAGACCACAAAUCAUGAGUUUAUUGACGAGCAGACUUUCGAGACCAACUGUAUGGAGGUAACCAUGGUGAACAAAUCCGGAUCUCGAACCUCGUCCCUGUCGUCGUCUCCCUCCGGCCUGUCGUCCUGCUGCUCCAGACGACAUAGGAAGAAGAGCUCCAGUCUGCCCAACUGCAACAACCAGGAGCUUUCCACCAUCCAGAUCAGAGAGAGGCCUGUGGUCAACAGUCGCUCCAGCCUGAACGCCAAACUAGACUCUGAGACGGUGCCGUUGAAGAGCGAGCCCUACAUCACCACCUCCGUGGUCAACCUGCGUCCCGCCCCUCUCCCAUUGGUGACAUCAUCAGACGGUGACGGAUCCACCAGCUCCACCGUCAAUUAUUCUCAGAGCAACAUUGUCAGAGUGUCGGCCUUGUAGAUGUCCACUGUCAGUCAAGGUCUGUUUGGCUGACUGUUUGGCUGACUGUUUGGCUGACUUCAUGGAAAACUGUUUGACUAGCUGGUCUCAAGGAGAAACAGCAGCAGGAGAGAGAGAGAGAGAGAGAGAGAGAGAGAGAGAGAGAGAGAGAGAGAGAGAGAGAGAGAGAGAGACAGAGAGAGACCACUAAUUGAUUGGACUGAUUGGAGGACAGUCAUCCUGCCAGAAUCCCGCAUAAUUUCCUGCAAUUCUACACAUUUUGCAAUGUCAAUAAUAUCAAAUCAAAUCAAAUGUAUUUAUAUAGCCCUUCGUACAUCAGCUGAUAUCUCAAAGUGCUGUACAGAAACCCAGCCUAAAACCCCAAACAGCAAACAAUGCAGGUAUCUGAAUGAGUAACUAACAAAAUAAAUUGGGGCCCCCCUGGAGGUCAGGGCCAUCAUUUUCUUAAGUCACUGAACACAACAGGUGCUUAUUAGAGACAGGCUUAUCUUUGACCAAGACGUCUAUUUCCUUAAUGCACACAGCUUUUUGCAUAGAUAAUUGUUGAAUUCCAGCAUUCACGUCCAUCAUUUUAAUCAACUUCUUUAUAAUUUACACACUUUGUAUUUCAAUAUAUAUAUUUUUUUUACUUUUCCUUGACAGAAUAAUUAUUCUCCUCUUUGACUGUGUGUUUUCAGUAGUUCUUACUUUCGCCACAAGAUCAAACGAUUUCUAGGGGUCGUUGUUGACUGUUUUUAUGCUUGCCAGUAAGGUAGCAGUCCUCAGCUGUUAUCAGCCAAUGGCUAGCAGUUCCUUACUGGUGAUAAAAACGGAUGAUUGACAUCAUUUCUUUGAGUCAUUACUGAAUUAUACCAUUUAACAAAUCAAACAUUAAACAAUUAAUUUAGCAUUUAUUAUAAACAAGUGUUUAUUUGCUGCAAGGCGUGCAGUUAGUUGCUUUUAAAAGGGACAGGCGGUUACUUGAAACUCUGCGUUUAUUGAAGUUUUACGGUAGCUGGCUAAAUUAACUUACUAAUCUAA